AUGCAGGACCUCUCAGCCUCUGGUAUUCCCACUGGUCCUUCCGCCACCAACUCGACCAGUCGUUUCGGCCACGCUUCCAAGCCUUCUAACAGCGAUACUGGCUUUUCUCAUGGCGCUUUUACAUCUAAUGUCUCUGGAUUUGCUGAUAGACCCCAGCGCCGUACUAAUAUUCCUGCCAUCAACACGCAGCAAGUGAGCCCAACCGCCACUAACAUGGCGGCAGAUAUGGCAACCCCCGGAACGGGUUUUGACAUGCAAUUCACACCACUGCUUCCUUCCCAGCUUCUUCUCGGAAGUCCCUUCCAGCCUGGCUCCCCAACUGCCUUCGCUAGCCCAGGAUUCCAGAACUUACCUGCUUUUCAACAGACGAGUGGCCCUCAGCAGCAGCAACAGAACAAUAACUUGACUAGUCCAGUUCAGCAAAACAUGUCCCCUCAACAGUAUCAGGCCAUGGUAUCUCCUUCGGCCUAUGGGGCACCUCAAUUUUACCAACCCCAGUCACCCACUGGCGCCUACAAUAAUAUGAGUAAUCAGUUACAGAUGGCACCCCAGUCACCUGUGGGUAUGGCAGCGAACAAUGUCAUCACAGGAACUAGUCGAACAGUGUAUCUUGGAAAUAUACCACCUGAUACUAGUGCUGAAGAAAUUCUAGGCCAUGUUCGAAGUGGUCAGAUUGAGUCCGUUCGCCUCCUGCCUGAUAAGAACUGCGCUUUCAUCUCUUUCCUCGAUGCGAACGCUGCUACUCAUUUUCACUCUGAUGCUAUUUUGAAGAAGCUCUGCAUCAAGGGACAGGAUAUCAAGAUUGGAUGGGGAAAACCUUCUCAAGUCCCCACAUCAGUUGCUCUAGCUGUUCAGCAAUCAGGUGCUUCCCGAAAUGUCUACUUGGGUAAUCUGCCAGAAGAAAUCACCGAUGAAGAGCUGCGUGAAGAUCUCGGCAAGUUCGGCGCUAUUGAUACUAUUAAGAUAGUCCGUGAGAAGAACAUUGCGUUUGUUCAUUUCUUGUCUAUUGCCAACGCUAUGAAGGCAGUCCAGCAAUUGCCUCAGGAACCCAAAUGGCAGUCGCCCCGCCGUGUUUAUUAUGGUAAGGAUCGUUGUGCUUACGUCUCUAAGACCCAACAACAGAAUGCGGCUCAAUAUCUCGGUAUUGCACCAGGGUACGCCCACAUGUUGACGGGUCAAGACCGCGAUGUUAUUUCCAACGUUCUUGCCCAGCAGUCGGUGGCAGCAGCGGCAGUUGCAACCACUGCAGGUGGUAUCAAUAACCUUGGCAACAGGACGAUCUAUUUGGGUAACAUUCACCCAGAGACAACAGUGGAGGAAAUUUGCAACGUUGUGCGAGGUGGCUUGCUUCACCAUAUUCGUUACAUUCCUGAUAAGCAUAUCUGCUUCGUAACAUUCAUUGACCCAACAGCAGCCGCUUCUUUCUAUGCUUUGAGUAACUUGCAAGGGCUAAUGAUACACAACCGUCGUCUGAAGAUUGGCUGGGGAAAGCACUCAGGUGCUCUUCCUCCAGCAAUUGCAUUGGCCGUCAGCGGCGGUGCGUCUCGUAAUGUAUAUAUCGGUAAUCUCGAUGAGACAUGGACUGAAGAGAGGCUGCGACAAGAUUUCUCCGAAUAUGGUGAGAUUGAGUUGGUCAACGCUCUGCGAGAAAAGAGCUGUGCUUUCGUCAAUUUCACCAAUAUCGCCAACGCUAUCAAGGCUAUUGAGGCGGUUCGAAGCAAAGACGAAUACCGAAAAUUCAAAGUCAACUUUGGCAAAGACCGAUGUGGAAACCAGCCUCGUCAACUACAGCAGCAAUCCCAAUCACCACGUGGAGAAGGCGUUCCAUCACCCGCAACUGGCGGUAGCGGAAGCGGGAACUCGCCUACAAACCCUACAUCGCCUUUGACUGCUACUAAUGGGGCGAAUCUGUUUGCUGGCAACAACAACCCCCUGACACUGUAUCUGCAACAAGUAUCACAACAAGCUCAACAGCAGCAGCAGCAUCAACAGCAGAUACUUGUAUCACAGCAGGCCGCAUUGUUUGGUACAGCCUCCUCAUCUCCCAGCGAGCUUAAGUUGGAGAUACCCCAGCAAAACCAUAUUCUUGGGCAUGGACAGUCCGCUAGCAUCUCUAAUGGUUACAACGCUCCGCAGAGUGCUAUUACCGGACCUACGACUAUUGGCGGUCUUCUUGCUCCAGGUCCUCGGGGACAACACAACCGUGCUCUUAGCCUUCCAGUAUUCGCGCCACUUGAAAAUGGGGGCAGUAGCCCAAUUAAAACACACGGCCCUAUCGGCGGCGAAGGAGAACGUAGGGGUCACCAGUACCAAUCUAGCUUUGGCGGAAUUGGGUCGGGCCUAGGCCUUGCUAUCCAAGGAGGACUGAACGGGUGGGAAGAAGAAGUUACUAACUGA